AUGCCAAGGCCCGAGUACGAGAAUCUCUGGGCAUGCGGCUCCCAAGAAAUCUUCACAUCAAGAAUUCGCACCGAGAGCCAUGAAAUUAAGAGUGGAGACGCGCUCAAUAUCGAUCAAAUUUUGCUUUUGAGGUUGUCAACCAAGUUAGAAUGGGAGUUCUGGUCUGCUUCGAUGGCUAAGACUAUGGGGCCUUAA